AUGAGAUCGAGGAUCUUUGCGGAAAAGAAUGUGGACUACAAGCGUGCCGUGGAGCUGUCUCAGGCACUGGAGGCGGCAGAGCGCCACGCGUCCAUGGCGGGCGCAGCAGGCGCGGCGCCGCACGACGACGGCUUGCACCGGAUAGGCGCGGGCGCUGCCGGGGGCUCCAGGGCGCAGGCGGGCGCGCCCCGGCCGCAGCGCGCUUGCCCCCGGUGUGGUAAAAUAGGGCAUACGGAUGGCAAGUGUCGGUUUAAGUAUUACAACUGUGAUGUGUGUGGUCAACGGGGCCAUUUAAAAGCAGUGUGUGUGAAAAAUAAAAGUGAGAAUAAAAGUUCUAAAUAUUCAAACAAAAAUCAGUUUUUUCUGAACAGAUCGGACUCGGAGGAUGAAGGUUGUAAUUUUUAUAAUUUAGUAGUUAGUAAUAACGGGGAUGGUCCAUAUUACGCUAAAAUAAAAGUUGAGAACAUUCUAUGUAAAUUUGAGAUUGAUACGGGAAGUAAGUUAUCUGUUAUUUCCAAAGAAUAUUAUUAUAGAUAUUUCCCGAAUAUUCCUAUAGAACAAAAGCAAAUAAAUCUGAAGUCAUAUACCGGGGACGUCAUCGAGACUCUUGGUUUUAUUGUGGUCAAUGUUAGACAUGGUGAAAAGCAAUCAAAAUUAAAUUUAUUUAUCAUUGAAAACGGAGGGCCUCCACUGAUGGGCCGAACGUGGAUUAAACAUUUGAAGCUAGGUAUAGGGGAAUGCUACAAUAUAACCGAAGUAGACUCGAUGGCGACUUCCUUGCGAAAGGAAUUUCCUGAGGUAUUUGCAGAAGGUUUAGAAUUGACAAAAAAGCAAUUAAGAGGUGAAGACGAAGAAGGUAGUUAUCUGCAUUACGCGCAAGAAAACUUUCCAAUCAGUUUUAAUGAAAUUAAAACUGAAACGGGAAAAGGAUUCGAUACUAAACAAGAUCUACGGAUUUAUUAUGUUUGGGUGGCCAACUAA